AUGGAUAGUAAUCUUCAAAAUACAGUUAUCGUUUUCUUAAUAAUCUUUGACGUACUUUGGUUUUACUCAUCGACACUGUCAUGUGAACAAUCUAACAAACUCAUUGUAUCAACAAAAAAUCUAAAGAAUACAACAUCAACACUAGAGGAUGUCUCAUAUAAUCACUCAAAUUGGUUGGAACAAAUCAAACAACACGAACUUCGUAUUUACUCUCAGAAUGGUGAAGAUGGAGUACUCUUAUGGAUAUUUACAAACAUUGGUACAAUUAAUAAACCACCACGUUUUGUAGAAUUCGGUACUGAAAAGGGUCUAGAAUGUAAUACACGUUUUCUUCGUCAACAACUAGGUUGGCAAGGUUUAAUGAUGGACGGAACUGGGGAUAAUCCAGAGAUUAAUCUUCACAAAGAAAAUAUCACAAUAAAAAAUAUUAAUGAUCUAUUAGCAAAAUAUCAAACUCCAUCUCUGAUUGAUCUUCUUUCAAUCGAUAUUGAUUUUGACGAUUAUUUUGUGUGGAAAUCAAUUCUACAAGCAAACCGAUUUCAUGCACGUGUAGUUGUGAUUGAAUAUAAUUAUGAAAUACCAGUCAAUGAAAAUCGUGUUGUUGACCCUUAUCAAGAUUCUCGUCGAUGGACAAAAACAAUACAUUAUGGUGCUAGUAUGUUAGCAAUGGCAGCACUUGGUCGUGCUUAUAAUUAUACUUUGAUUUAUGUUGAGAAAAAUGCUGUUAAUCUAUUUUUUAUUCAAACGUCUAUACUCAUUGAACGAAAUAUUCUUCACAAAGUACCAUCAAUAAAAGAAUUAUAUAUAUCAGAACCUUACACGCCUAGGAAAAGUAAUCCUGAAUUGGAUAAGACACGACGAUGGAUAUGGAAUGAUACUAUAUGGAUAUAA